AUGACUCGUUCGCGAUGGCUUGCUUUGGCUGCUGUUUGUGCUUUAUCGGUAGGAAGUCAUUUUUCUGCGUAUCUGUUAGGUCCUUUGAAGUCGAGGUUACAUAGAGAGAUGGGGACUUCAAAUUCUCAAUUCUCAUUGCUUGUAGCUUCUUUCAACUUGAAUUCAACUUGGACACCGUUGGUCGCUGGGAUCUUCGUCGCUAGAUUUGGGACUGCACUCAGUUCUGUGGCCACCACAGGAUGUGUCCUUGUAGGACAGUUGAUCCUACUCCUUGGAGUGACGAUAGAACACCUCAAUAUCAUGACCCUUGGUCUCUUCGUCUUUGGCUUAGGGAUGACGCCCCUUGCUGUUGUUCAAGAAACCCUUCUAUCCCACCUGUCACCUUCCCACAACCUCGGCAUCUCUCUAGCGCUCGGUCUCGUCUCAGGCAAAUCUUCCUCAUUCAUUUCCUCCCUAGUCUCCCUUCCCCUGGCCAAAAAGUUCGGCGAUUGGAUGCCAUUCACACUCGCUGUCAUACUCUGCAGCGUCAGUUUCCUCGGAAACGCUCUCCGGCUUUUGUUCGGAUGGGGGAGUGAAGCUGGCGAAGCGGCUGUCAAAGCCAAGCGGAGAGUCAGCUGGGGAGGUGUAGGUAGUUUAGGAGAUGUUUUCUGGGUGUAUAUCUUAUUAAAUGUCCUCGCGGGGGCGAUAUGGCAACCUUUCUUACAUCUUUCUGCCAAUUUGGUGCAGCAUCGAUACAAUCUCACUGAGAGUAUUGCGAGUUUCCAAGCUUCCAUUCUUCUAGCCGGUGCUAUCGUCCUGUAUCCUCUUGUCGGCAUACUCACAGAUCGUUUGGGAACAUCAACACCCCGAGUCACAUUUCAUUGUAUCCAUCUCUCCUCGCUUUUCACUUUAUUAGGUUACACAUAUCUCCUCCUACCUCCUUCCCUCACCGGAUCACCAUGGUUUGGGAUGAUCCUUUUCGCUAUGGGACACGGUAUGGCAACUUUACUCAUGGUCAUCGUCGUCCCUCGUCUCCUUCCUCCCGCUCUCGUUCCAUUAGGUUUAGGACUACAUAAAUCAUUAGAAAUGGCUUCUUCCUCUCUCUCACAAACUCUUUCAGGUUUAUGGCUGGAUCAUGCUCGUGGGGCGGAUGAAGAAGAAGCGGAAUAUCAAGCAGGUUCCAGUUUACUUCGAGUAUAUUGGACUAUCAACAUACUGCAAUUCAUCUGCGCCCUUUUCUUAUGGCGAUUAGAGAGAAAGAAACGUAGAGAAGGGGGUGUGGAGAUAGCGGAAGAAUAUGAACAACUACCAUCUUCUGAUCCGGUCGAAGAGGGGUCGGAGGGGGAGGAGCAAGAAGGAAGGGUUAAUAAAGUUCCUUUGAUAAGAGUUGAUGGACCAUCUUCUGCUUUGGUACAUUCUGAAGGAGAGAGACGGAGGGCCAGAUGGGGCUUCGGUGCGAGUUUAGGGUUUAUAGGUGUGGUUUGGUUGGUUUUCAUGACUACCGCUUGGAGUAGGUUAUGA